AGGGAUAGAGAGGAGGGAAGGUGGGAGGGGGUGAUAGGGAGAGAAAGGAUUUGCCAUAACGAAGGCUGCCUGCCCCUAUGGAGGAAUAAGAAGGAUUUGGGGUGAAGAGAAGCAGAAAGGAGGGACACACAACAGGAUUGCUGCUAGGGACAUCGGAAGCCAAAGGGAGGAUGCAGUUGGCCUUUGGGAUUAUACACGGGGCUGGGCUGCUCUUCAUCAUCACACAAUCUGCUCUGGCUGAAAGGUGGAGACAUGAGUUUGAAGAUGAGCGACCGGUUGAUCUGGAAAGCUCCGGGGAUGAUGACUUUUUGGAAGAUGAAGACAUGGAUGAUGUGUACUCUGGCUCAGGAUCAGGCAAUUUUGAGCUGGAAUCUGGAUUGGAUUUGGGUUUAAGAUUCACAACAAAGACACCCAUUCCUCCUCCAACAGUAACAGCAUUAAAACCUGCUCCCACUGACCAUUUUCUUCCUCCAAUACAAAGCACCUGGGUCCCUCCAACAACCCAGGCCUCUGUAGUACACCGGCACAAUCCAUUGGUUCCUCCUGAAGCUCCAGAUACACCUUCUUUGCCAGUUGUCCCCACACCCACAAUUCCAUCUAAACAGGCAGCAACUACAGAAGCUACCACCACUGAAGCAGUGAGGACGACUGAUUUGCGUAGGUUGCAACCUGUUGUGGUGGUUUCCACAGACAUAACAGCCACACCAAGCUCAACAGAAAAAGAGAUGUUUACAUGGGAGGCUACUGAUGAACAGGAGGUGACAGGCUUUAACACAGAAAGUGGCAGGGUCUGGCCUACAGAGGACAGGAGGACAUCACUGACAAGUAAAGAGGACAUCAAGGUUGAAGGCACAGAUAAAGUGACCCCCACUCUGCAACCACAGACUGAAAGUUGGGAGGUGACAGCUGUUACUUUACGUGAUAGUGACUUUGAGAUACCAAUCAGUGGUGGACCAAGUGGUGACUUUGAGGUCCAAGAGGAAGAUAUUGUACCCCAGACAGAGCCUCCAACAUCACCAGACAUAGGCAAUGAGCUCUUGCCUCCCACUACAGCGCCACCUGAUCUUGCCCGAGGGAAGAAGCCUGACACUGGCCUAAUAGAUAACACAAUAGAUUCUGGAAACACUUUGGCACAGAUGCCUCAGAAAAACAUUCUAGAGAGAAGAGAGGUAUUAAUAGCGGUAAUAGUUGGGGGUAUCGUUGGAGCUCUGUUUGCUGCUUUCCUGGUGAUGCUGCUGAUUUAUCGAAUGAAAAAGAAAGAUGAAGGAAGUUACGCUCUGGAGGAACCCAAACCAGCCAAUGUCUCUUACCAGAAACCAGAAACUCAUGAGGAAUUUUACGCAUAGUAGUUGAGAAUAGGCCUCCUACCUUCUCAAAUUCUAAUUGUUUAUGAGCCUGCGGCUGAACUAUUUGUAAUUAUUUUAAUUUUUUUCCUCACACUUUCCAGGGAUUCCUUAAUAGCUCUGGAUGUUGCUUCAUUUUUUUAACAGCUGUUCUGGACAAAUGUGGACACCCCAGAAUUCCUAGUAAUUUCAAGUACAUUCUGAUUGGACAGAGGAUCUUUUCAUCCCUUUGCUCAACAAUUCAACCAGGUUUGAAAUAUAUGGUUGUCUGUGUGAGCAGUUUGUCAUACUCACUUCCAACUUUACUGCUCUUUAAAGCUUUGCAACAAAUGUUAAGAAGAAUUGGAACCUACAAAAGCACAAGAAAUGUACCACACGUAUACCAACAAUGCAGUAUUGCUUUGAAAACUAAAAUAUGGAACAUGAGCUACAAGUGAGAAAGGGAAAAAGUACUGCAGCCGCACUAAAAACUGUCUCCUUUUUUUUCUUAUAAUUAUGUCAGAAAAAAAACUGAUUUCAGAUUGGCAAUGAAAGAAAAUUGUUGGAGAGUUACAAAAAAAACAAAAAACUUAAGUCUAUAGAUUGAUUUUUGGCCACAGGCUCCAGACACAAAUUGUAAAUAGGAUCUUGUGUAAAAUAAUUAAACAGUAUGGGGACCGUAUUAGAAUAAAGGGAAGGUUAUUUUAUUUUUUAUUUAACAUUUAAACACCUCAAGGUAAAAUA